AUGGAUGUUCCAACUGAAAAGGGGAAUUCCACCAGCGAGAACCCUCCAAGGCCUAUCCGUACACCACCCACCUCCUCCUCCGGGGUCCGAUGGGCUCGGCGCCAGCUGGAUGCCAGCUCUCUGCCAGUUUGCCGCUCGGCCAUGGCGAGAGCUCGGCUGCCGUGGAGGAGCCUCUUCUUCUUCUUCGUCUUCUUCUUCUUCCGGAAGCCUCCGCAAACGCAGGCGCGCUUGUCAUUGGCGCACAUCAAGUGUCUGUUCCUGUGCUGGCUGGCGGUUCUGGUAGGCAGCUGGGUGGUCUACGUGGAGUACUCGUCCUACUCCGAGCUUUGCCGGGGACACCGUUGCACGGCGGCCAUGUGCGAAAAAUACCGAAUAGCCUUGGUGGAUGGAUCAGCCUGCAGCAGCUUGUGUGACAAAAACACUUUGGAGCUCAACAAGUGUCUCGGCACGCAAGCUAGCAAGCAGGUGUACUCGUGCACUUGGGCCGACCUGGAAUGCGUGAUCAGGUGUCGGAUGGAUGAGACUCCGGCCUACGAUGUGGGGAGCCAGAUGGAGGCCAAGAAGGAGGCUGCCGCCCUCUUCGACACGCCCUCCAAGGGGACCUCCGUGGAAAGGUUCCGAGAGAUGAUCCUCGACCACUUAAAGACCAAAGUGGGAGAUGAGCAAACCAACCUUGGCGAGCUCAGUGUUCGUGCCCUGACGGCGGCCGACGCCAACAAGGAUGGCCACAUUUCCUUGGCGGAGGCUAGGUCUUCUUGGGCGCUUCUGCAGCUGGAUGAUUACCUUCUGGCGUUGGCACUACAGGACCGCGGACACACACCCAAGAUCCUCGGCUUCUGCGGGGAUCUCUACGUGACGGAGAGAGUCACGAACGCACCGCUCUACGGUUUCAGGGCGCCGACUUGGUUUCCGGCUGGUAUUCGGCGUACAGUCGACCACUGGUUCACCCCCGCCUGGCCUCAUCGAGCCAAGAUUUCUAUCGGGCUCCUGGAACUGGUGGAGGACCUGUUCCACGGUGCUUUUGGCAGCUUCUUCAUGUGUGACCUUAGCGCCGCCCGCUUCGGGUACACCGGGCGCCACGAUUUGAGGGUGGCAGACGCUCAGCAUAUCGUCCCAGAGGCUACUUUCCGGAAGGCCAUCCGGCGGCGGAGGUGCGAGAAGGAUGCGGACUGCGUCUACGGGGUGGACUGCCUGACCUCGUGCGAUCUCACCAAGCGACGUUGCACUCCUGAGUUGGCCGAGCCCAACCUGGCCAAGGCCUGCCGGGUCCUUGAGGACUACCUCCUGCGGGGGGCGCCCUCGGACAUACGCGAGGAACUGGAGAAGCAGCUGUACACCUGUGCGACGUUGCAGGGAUCGGCCGAACGGGCGGAGAUCCAACACUCGCUGGUCCUCAACAAUCUCAAGUCGCUUCUGUGGAAGAAGAUCUCGCACAACAAAGACUCCUAG